AAGCUGUCUGGGUGUCAGUGUGGCCCCUAGCUCCCCAAGCUGUCUGGGUGUCAGUGUGGCUCCUAGCUCCCCAAGCUGUCUGGGUGUCAGUGUGGCCCCUAGCUCAUCCAGGUCUCUGUGUAUUGGUGUGUCCCCUAGCUCCCCCAGGUCUCUGUGUAUCGGUGUGGCCCCUAGCUCCCCCAGGUCUCUGGGUAUCAGUGUGGCCCCUAGCUCCCCCAGGUCUCUGGGUGUCAUUGUGGCCCCCACCACCCCUUACACUCUGCUUGGGAUAUCGGCGUUAACCCCUUACUCUCUGCCUGGGAUAUCGGCGUUAACCCCUUACUCUCUGCCUGGGAUAUCGGCGUUAACCCCUUACUCUCUGCCUGGGAUAUCGGAGUGACCCACAUACUCCUAUGCCAGGCAUAUCCAAGUUAACCCCUUACUCUCUGUCUGGGAUAUCUCAGUUAACCUCUUACUCUCUGCCUGGCAUAUCGGAGUUAACCCCUCCCCAUUAGUAAUUCUCCCACCCCCUGCUUACAUAGUAGCCCCUGCUUUGUGUGGCCUGCCCAGGGGUAAUUCCCCCCCUGUGUUUGGCUAGUAGCCCCAUUGGAAACGCUGGACUGUAAUUCACAAUAUGCAUUUCUCCAUCCCUGAGACUGAGUCCUGCAACAGUGAGAAUGGAACACCUUAUGUGGCCUACAACAUCCAUGUGAAUGGCGUACUACACUGCCGUGUCCGCUACAGCCAGCUGCUUGGCUUACAUGAACAGCUCAGGAAAGAGUUUGGUAACAAUGUGGUCCCAAUUUUUCCUCCCAAGAAACUAUUCACCCUUACACCAGCUGAGGUGGAGCAGAGAAGAGAACAGUUGGAGAAAUACAUGCAGACAGUGCGCCAGGACCCCAUGUUAGGAGCCAGCGAAAUGUUUAACAGCUUCCUACGCCGAGCACAGCAGGAAACUCAACAGGUCCCCACGGAGGAGGUCCAGCUGGAGGUCUUCCUUUCCAAUGGGCAGAAGGUUAAAGUGAACAUUCUGACCUCGGACCAGACAGAAGAUGUACUGGAGGCAGUCGCCAACAAGCUGGACCUUCCGGAUGAUCUAGUGGGAUAUUUCAGCCUGUAUCUCAUUAAAGACAGCAGUGAUAGCUCGUUCUUCUUUGUGAGAAAGUUGCAAGAAUUUGAGUUGCCUUAUGUGUCAUUAACCAGCCUUAGGAGCAGAGAAUACAAGAUUAUCCUUCGCAAAAGUUACUGGGACUCUUCCUACGAUGAUGAUGUCAUGGAGAGUAGCGUAGGACUCAACCUGUUAUAUGCUCAAACUGUCUGUGACAUUGAGCGGGGAUGGCUGCAGGUAACAAAGGACCAGCUGCGGCAGUUGAAGUCUCUGCAGGAGAAAGUUUCUAAAAAAGAGUUUAUUCAGCUGGCGCAAACCCUGAAGUAUUAUGGCUAUUUGAAAUUCGAGGCAUGCAUCACAGACUUCCCGGAGAAAGGCUGCCAGGUGAUUGUUAGCGCUGGUAACAAUGAGCUCAAUUUCCAAGUCAAACUGCCCAACGACCAAAUGAAAGAGGGCAGCUUCAAGGUGACGCGAAUGAGAUGUUGGCGUGUGACAUCUUCAGUCCCGUUUGCUAAUGGAAGUGGAAGCCCAAACAAGACCGAAGCCAGGCUGGAAUUGGCCUUUGAAUAUCUGAUGAGCAAAGACCGUUUGCAGUGGAUCACCAUAUCGAGCCCCCAGGCCAUCAUGAUGAGUAUCAGCCUGCAGUCAAUGGUGGACGAACUGAUGGUGAAGAAAUCUGGAGGGAAAAUCAAAAAGUUGCUUCGGAAGAGAUUGCCGUGUUUAGUACGACGUUCAGACAGCCAGCAGGCAGUAAAGUCUCCCCCUCUGCUGGAUUCUCCAGACUCCUCCAGAGAGCCAAUUGUUAAAUUAUCGAGUAAGCUCAGCUCAGUCAGCCUCCGUGCUAUCAGCAACUCCAGUUCUGCCAAUGACAUGAGUGCCGAAGAUUUCCAUGGAAAUUACGCUUUUGAGGGCAUUGGAGAUGACGAUUUGUGAGCUUCUAUCUGACCAUUACUGACAUGACGUAGCCAUGCUACCUUCAUCCCAAAUGUCCAUUUAGCUUGCUCUAAAUCUGUAUCCUAAACCCCUGGAAAUUGGGGUCUAUGUUAAAACACCAGCAUUGCGACCACAGGGCGGUGUAUUAGCUUACUCUAGCGCUUGGCUUGCACCUUGACCAGAGAUUUGCACAAUAUGGAGGCAGUGAGGUUUCACCCCUUAUUAUCCUCCAUGUCUAACACGCAAAGGAAUUUGUGACCUUAUUGUAGCUCAGGGCCUGGCUGUCCUUAUAGUUUCCUGCACCUUCCUCGUCUCAGUGAUGGGGACAGACAUCGGUUGAUGUUUCUGACCAAAUUGUAAGCAACGUUCAGUGCCCUCCCGGCUUGGCGUGAGUGCCAGAGGCAUUGUAUGAGAGCGCUUAGCACUUCACGGUAUUAUAACGCUACCUGCUUCUACGACAAGAAGGGACAAAUGACUUUAACAGCUUUUAUGGUUUUUAUUUUACUGAAAGCUGGGACAUGUUUUGUUUCUCCAAAUUUGCCAAACUAGUUAGAUUGUACAUUAUAAAUAUACAUUUAUACUUUGCACAUUAAUUACCAAGAAGUAAUUUUAUACAUGGGACUGAUCUGAUCCACACGCUUGUAACAGAGAAUGUAGUGCUACCAUUUGCUAUGUUUCCAAAUCACCAUGUAAGAAUAACAUUAAAGAGAAUCAUAGCUGACCGCUCUUCUGUCUUCCGUCAGACCAGUUUCCACCGUUUUAUCUUGCUGUAAAGGUUCACUUUUCUUUUUCUUUUAAUAGGUUUUAUUGAAGGGUUUUUUUUCUUCUUAAAUACAUUAUAUAUACAAAAAUACUAGGGAAGGAGAAAGGGAUUAUCCACCCGUAAGUACUGAAUCAAACAAAAUGAUUUUUUACAUUUACAUUUUUUAAAUGUAAAUAUAUUAAUUAAUGCAAAAAGGAAAGGAUAUUACAAUUGGUCCGCAACAGUUUUUUUUCCCAAUAGUAUUUAAUGCUAUCUAAUAUAGGAGAUGGCUACCUAAGAGCCGUAUUUUCUAGUGAGGAACACAAUAUCUCCUUAAUGUUCAUAUCCCACAGAAGGAUCUUUUCUAACAGUGUGGGAGCAGCAUGGCACAAGGCUCAGUCACAAAAGAAGUGUUCUUCCACUAGUUGUAAUAAAUUGGCCC